AUGUUAUACACUACUUUUCUGAUCUUUAUUCUACACAAUCAUUUAUCUAUGUUUAUUUUUAUCGGAUUUAAUACCAAAUUAACUCAAUUUUUCUUAUAUUUGAAUUUCUUCUCCACCUUUUAUAUUUGUUAUUUAUCAUUUUUUACUUUAAACAUACCAAAUGUUACCUCAUUCAGAUUCCACACCAAUUAUCGCAAUAUCGCAAAAUUGAACCAGUUCCAUGUCUUCGGUUCUAAGAAAAAGGGAUCCCGACUCGUGGAAGAUGAAGCCGAUACAGCAAUUUCCAUGGUUGUUUUGGAACGUUUACACACCGAAUGUGAAACGAAGUUGAAAUCUAUCGAAGACCAAGUAAAGUCUGAACUCGCGAAAAUCUGUGAACACAAAGCAGCUCCAAGUUUGAUAGGCCACAUUCUAAUCCAAACUGAGACAGGAAGAAAGCAGCUACGUUACCUGGCUUCUAUAGUAAACAAAGGAAACUUUGAGCUGGAAGUUACUCCUUUUUCAAUGGAAAACCUGUAUGGAAUAUUCAGUACUCUCUCCAAUGAAUUGACUGGCUAUAAUGUCAAAUUAAUGCCAAGCUUUGUUUCCAUCGUCAUUCCUCAAAUGGGCUCAGACAUGAAGAAAAAGUCGCAGGAGAAUGUCAAAAGGAUCAUGAAUAUGGGAAUGGAACAAAUUAGAUUGGCUAGGCAGAACAGUAUGAAAAGCUUAAAAAACAUGGAAUCAGGUCUCAGUCAAGACAUGCUCUUUAAGCAAAAGGUAUUUUAA